CGCUUGUAGCAACUUCAUGCGCUUUCCUUAGCCCGUUGGCUUCCGCAGACAUAUCAACUCGCUCCGCCCCCACACGCCUGCUUCCGUAAUUGCCUUGUUCACCUGUCGCUCCAAACCUCAUGAGGGCUCCUCACUACUGCAACGGCUACCCUCGGCGAGACAGGAUGGGUGCGCAGAUGCCCAAGGCCGCUGGGAGUAAUGCUUCCCCUUUCCCGCCCGCUGAUUCCUUAUAUCAGCGUCCUUCGCCCGCUGCCGAUCUGGAAGGCACAACGGGUGGCAUAGAUGCUGCGGGGUCGCCGUGGCACAGGAGCAUCAGUACUUCAGACGGGCCGUCGCGCGAAGACGACCGUCAUUUCCACCACGAAGGAGCGCCGUUUGCGGGGAGGGACGCUCGGUCACGAAGCUCGACGGUCAGCACCGAUCGGAGCGAGCGAGACAUGCCAGAUCAGCUGGCAGAGCUGGUCGAGAACAUGUUUCCUGGUCCUGAAGGCGCACGCCUGGCCGACGCCUUCCUGAGUGCAGCAGAACUACCGCCCGUAACGAAGCAAUCGCUGAGCGAGCUCGACAUCCAGAACAUCAUCAAAAACAUCAAGCUACGACACGAUGUGAACUUCGACAGGGAUCUCAGCUUCAGGCCGAACCUCGAUGGGCCGAAGGGGUACGAGAAGGUGCGGCAAUCGCAGAGGUACUGGCGGGCAUUGAUCGCCGAGCUGGAGCUGUACGUCCGGCUAUUCCAAGGAACGCCCUCUAUCUGCAACCCCGAGCACGUGCAAUGGUCCGUCAUAGUUCAGCAUGCGGAAAGGCGCAUACCGAAGAUGUUCGAGACGAUCCACGACGUGCUGAAGAGCCUGGUACCGGAUCGGGAUCACUCAAGAGUGGACGAGCACCUGGACGUGCCGAUGCUGAUGCAAGAGAUUGAACGGGGAGUGUGUGAUCUAGUCCGGCUUGCAGAGUGGAUGGCCCACCUUCUGAAGGAGCAUUGCGCGCCGAUGAGGGACGUGAUGGUUGAUAACAUGGUCGCAAAAAUGAGAGAUGGCGUCACUAGGAACAGCUCCGACUUGAUCGUGAGCGGACUGGUCGAUUUGCUGGCGAUACUGGAGGCUAUGAAGCUGGAUGUUGCGAAUCAUCAGAUACGGAACCUCAGGACCCUGCUGAUUGAGGAUACUGUCGGCUUUGAGAAGCACUACCAUUUGGAUCGCCUCGUCAACGGACGCUCAAGGGUGGAUGUCGACGCCUCCCAGAAGUGGUGGGCCGCAGCAGUCAAGCAGUUCCAGCAGCAUGGCAUGCCUGCGUCAAGGGAUAUCUCGCGCUUCCAGCUUGAUGUAUUGGCGCGAGCACUCGUCUCCACCCUCUUCUCCAGGGACGGUCACUGCAGCUUUCCAGACACCUUCUAUCUGGACCAGGACCGGCUGCGGGUACUGAAGUCCGAAAUCGACGACCUGAUCCACUUCGAAAUUUGCUCCGACAUGUUCGCACAGCUGCUGAAAGAAUUCGGUCACGAGGGGUCCAUCUCCCCGUCCACGCGGCAACACAUUCGUACAUCCGUUUCAGCGAUCAUGGGUGAAGCCGCAGGCCACGGCCCUCAAGCCUGGAUGGUGAAUUCAGAACCCAUCUCCCUUGAGCUCUACCGCCAGGCCCUGCUCUUCACUGGUCGUCCGCCGAUCUACAAUCUCGACGACUUCCAGAAAGCAAACCAGCAUCUGCGCGCCCUGUUUGUCAACUCUUUCUCCGCCCACGCCUCCGCGCUGCAAGCGACUCUCCUACCGCAAAUUCUUGCCUGCGCAAAUAGAUAUCGCAACGCCUCCACAAUCGACCUCUUCAACAAUCUCGUCGCGCCUACGCCGCCACCACCACAUGGCCCAUUCCCCUCGUUCAUGCCUAUUGCCCAGCAACACCCCGAUACGUUACCCUCCAACACAACUCAACCAGAAAGACUAGCGGAUGUUUCGAACCGCAUCACGCACAUACUCCUGCUUCACUGGCGUAUCUGGGGUCCCAUCGCUUAUAUCCAGGACGACGAAAACACAGCACAGAAUCAGAUGCCAUUACAGGCGCUCGCGCAACCGCAGCCACAACACGUGAACGCGAUGUCGACUUUGGAAGAAAGAGCCCCUUCAACAGCUCCACACGCGGCUCGCCCACCAGCACCAUCACCACCGCCGCCAAACGGCACCCCGGAAGCGCAGGUUGUCGGCGCCAUGAAGACGGGAGAGCCGCCGGAUCCGGGGACGGAGACCAAGGUUACGGGGGAGACACGCUGGCCGCAUCUACAGUAAUAUUUACUUUCCCUUAUGUUGGCGUGGGAGAUUUGGGGAAAGGGAGGUGUUUUGUCUUCUUCGGGAUUUAAUAGCAUAGCGCGGGUUCUUGCAUGUAG